UCAAUAAAUGCUGAGCAGAAGUUUAUAUAAGACCUUUACGAUAUACUGAAUACAGUAGUGCUUUUAAUUGUUCAAUGGGGUUUGUUGGAACAUCCAUUCAACGCAUAAACCCUUCAAGUGACAGUUUAUCCGUCUACACUUUAGAUUUCGCUAGUAGGCUAUUAUGGUUGUUAAUGCAUCGAUUAGUGAUUCAUUUAUUCGAAUUAUUAGUCUUUUUAUUUAUUGUUUAUUGUUUAGCUGUGAUGCACAAUUUUUUGCCUUUGAACUUGAUUGUAGACUAUUGCGCAAUGGGAACUUAAGCACAUGGUACAAAUUCAGGGCGUUUUCAAAUAAAUCGUGCGCGCGGUGUAUGUGGAUGAGAGAGAGUGUGUAUGUGAGCGAAAGAGAGGGAGAGAGGGAGAGGUGCUUUCGUAUUCACUGAUCUCCUAAGAGUGCUCGUUAGUAUUUUUUGCUCAGAGGUCUUCAAUAGUCAUGUUGAGAGCCAGGGAACCGGGAUCUUUGGCCGUACUGGCCUCCACCCUUCUUCUGGGAUUCGGCGUUGCGUUUUCCCUCGGACAGAAUGACACAGAACCGGUAGUUUUGGAAGGAAAAUGUUUAGUUGUGUGUGACUCGAACCCGUCCGCCGAAGGAGGAGUGACCUCGUCGUUUGGGAUAUCUGUCCGAGCUGCUGGUGCUAAAGUGGCUUUUUCUGCGGUCAGAGGGACUAACCAUGAACCAUCAGAAAUGAGUAACAAGUCCAUGACAAUCUACUUUGAUCAGGUACUAGUGAACAUUGGAAAUCAUUUCGAUCUUAAGGCGAGUGUAUUUCAAGCUCCUCGGCGAGGCAUUUACAGCUUCAGCUUUCACGUCGUGAAGGUCUACAACCGACAGACAAUUCAGGUCAAUCUGAUGCAUAAUGAAUACCCAAUAAUAUCUGCAUUUGCCGGUGAUCAAGAUGUGACCCGAGAGGCAGCAAGUAACGGUGUUCUGCUUCACCUGGAGCGUGAAGACAGACUCUAUCUCAAACUGGAGAGAGGGAACCUCAUGGGCGGGUGGAAGUACUCCACAUUCUCUGGCUUUCUUGUUUUCCCUCUCUAAUUGAAUAUAGCCCAUUUUAAAUGGCCCAGACUGAAGACCAAGGGACAUUUCCGUCCGUAUAUGCUUUCAAAAAUAAAGGUAGCAGAGAGAACAUGGAAUGCGUUAGUUUAUUUUAUUUAUUGUUAGGAUCUGAAGAAAUGUUUGUAUGUAUGUGCGUAUGUGUAUGUACGCAUUUAAGUAUUUGUGAGAUGCAAAAGAAAGUAGGACAGUGACAAUAUUUGGACUAAUUGAUGUCUGCAUAUUGCUUUGGGAAAGAGUGGUUUGUUAUUGUCAAUGAUAUUUUUGCAUUCAGGUGCGUAUUUUGCACGAAAUGUGUUUUGUUCUGUGCUUGUCAUUUUAUUGAUUUGUAUAGCCCUUAUAAAUUUGAUGUUCAGUAUGAGCGUAGUAAGUACAAAAACAGUUAUUUCUCUUUAAUCGUUGUCGUUUGGCUUAAUGCAUAGACAAGCAAUGAUAUCUUGCAUUUUUAUAUUACUUGAAUGUAAAUAUACUUAUGUCAUAAACACAAGGAAUGUACUUAAAAACUCUUUUAGGACUCAGAAGUUUUAUUUUGCAAGAAGGAUAUAUAAAGGCAUGGGGAAAGGAACAUUUCAUCAUUUACUCACCCUUGUGUUGUUCCAAACCUGCAUGAAUUUCUUUCUUCUGCUAAACACAAAAGAAGAUAUUUUGAAGAAUGUUGGCAACCAAACAGUUGCUGGUAGCCAUUGACUUACAAAGUAUGAGAAAAAAUUAUAUGGAAGUCAAAGGCUACCAGCAACCAUUUCAUUUUGGGAUGAACUGUCCCAAAAUAGAGUGAAAGAAGAGAAGAACUCAACGCUGUCCGUGGUGCUGAACAACAGCUGUCCAUCAAAAAUGGAAAUCUUGUUGAGCACACAUAUGAAUGAUUAUUAAAUGCUUACAUCAAAACAAGCAGUGCAACAUUUAUCAGUCACAUUUGUUUUGGAUACAUAUGUCACCUACAAUUGAGUACAGAUAGACCUUCAGUAGUUGGACUAUAUCUACAGAUUCACAUGGGGAUUUUAUCAUCUUAAAAGUUGUAUUUGAGAGUAAUUGUGUAACAAAAGUGUAAACAUAUAUGAUAUUCACAUACUGAGUUUCUCUGAUUAAGUCUCUCAACGGGGCCGGUUUUAGGAAGGAUGAAAGUAACACCCGCCUACAGAGUUCAAUAUGUGCAAAAACUGGAAAGAUAGAGACACCAUGCAGAUUUGUUGUCUCUCCAUUAAGGGCAGGGCAGUGUGUUUCAAGAUGCUGUCUUACACAACACUGAACUUUAAAGAUUUAACAUUUAUAGCUUUAUAUAUUUUUCAAAGCAUGGCUGGGAAACGGGAUGGAAAUUAGGUAAUUUUUUACCAUGGGCACAAUUAAAAACUGUGAAGACAGCAUUAUUUGGAGGUGAAAUGCAAAUGUGAUGAGGUAUGAGAAUGAUGUGGGUGUUAAGUGUUAAACAGUGAAAUAUUCCUUCCAAGAGUAGAGCUUAAAAAGACGCUAGCACAUAUUUUCACUCGUCAAGACCAUGUCACAUUAUGUUAUAUCAUAGUGUGAGUUAUUUCAGGGGGUAACCAGUCAUUAUGUUAGAUAAUAUUGUGCAGUUUUAUUUGAUGUUUGACCUCAUGUUCAGACAGUGAAUUUUUAAAAAUAUAUUUUAAAAAUUAAAAAAUAAAUAAAUAAAUCUCGCCACUGCAUCAUCUUCCUGUCAUUUGAGUUGGCAUAGAAGUAAACAUCGCCCAAAGGCUAAAAGCUGUCUCUUGCCUGUAUCUGACCUUUCUUUUCAUAAAGAUGAUUAAGAAUGAAAACAUGACUCAACAGCACAUGUCGCUGCUAGGUCACUAAACAUGACUUUGGUUUUGGGGAACAAAAUGAAGAAAAUGUUUCUUUGCAUAAUUCUUUCAUUUGUCCUUUAAGAACAUAAAUCUUGUUGCUAAAGUAUAUCAAACUCUUACUUUUAAUAUAACUAUAAAGGUGAGUGCUACACACAUUCUUUCAUCAUUAGCAAUAUUUAUCCUGCUCAUGUGUAUAAACAUGUCAUACUGUGAGGUCUCACCCCCAACACUCAUGAUUUAAUUAUUGUAAUUACUGUGCUGAAGUGUCAUGAUUACCUGCUUUACUCGUGGCUUGUACUAUUGGGUGCUGGUGAAUUAA